AACAAAUAGUUUUCUCGAUCAUAACUUCCUCUCUUUCCUUCUUCACAAACUCAUUGCUUCUUCUUCAUCUUCUGCACAGAUUUCACUUCUUAUUCACAGAUUUCAUACCAUCAUUUUCUCAUCAAUAUCCAUGCACACUAUUUCUCCUUUCUUCAAAUUUCUAACAAAACAGAAAGCAAUAAUAGUGCUAUAACAGUUGCCUUGAGCAACAAGAAAAGUAGAUCAGAACAAUAGAAGAAAAGCUAGAUGAGUUUUUGGGAACAAUUGGAGGUGGCAUCUGCCCCUAUCAUUCAAGUCCUUCUCAUAAGUGCAGUGGGAGCUUUUAUGGCAACUGACCAUGGUGAUAAUCUUCUUUCGGCCGACUUUCGAAAAUCGUUGAACAAGAUUGUCUUCUUUGCAUUCACUCCUUCACUUAUAUUUGCAAGUUUUGCAAAGAGUGUUUCUCUUGAUGAUAUGAUAUCAUGGUGGUUUAUGCCAGUUAACCUUGGACUCACCUUCUUAAUUGGAGGGAUUCUUGGAUGGAUAAUUGUUAAGCUACUAAAACCAAACUCGAAAAUCGAAGGUCUUAUUAUUGCUUCAUGUUCAACAGGAAAUAUGGGAAACCUUCCAGUAGUAAUCAUCCCUGCAAUCUGUAAUCAGAGAGUAACACCAUUUGGAACACGCGAUGCUUGUCACGCUAGAGCACUCUCUUACUCUUUUUUCUCUUUAGCGCUUGGUGGUGUUUUCGUAUGGACCUUCACUUACCAACUAAUUCGACAAAGUUCAAUGAAGUAUAAGGCGUUUGUGGCAGAUGAACUUUUAAAGGUUGCCAAUGCAGACUUUGAUACUACUGUAAAAACUCAACUUCUCAAGGGAAAUGAUAGUGUUGGAGAUGCUGAGAGCCAAAUACUUGUAGAUCAAGGUCUGACCACUGUGCCAAACACUAAAUCUUUUAUGCAUAAAAUUAUGGAAGGUUCAAGCCAAAUUCUGAAAGAAGUAAUGUCACCUCCAACAAUAGCUACUAAAUUUCACCUCGUAUUCCAUGACCAGUUUUUAGGCUUCCUCUUUGGUGGGGUUAAAUGGCUAAGGAGCCUAAUAAUCGGACAAGAUGCUCCGCUGAAAGUGAUCCAAGACUCCAUUCAGUUGCUAGGGGAUGGUACAAUUCCUUGCAUCACAAUUUUGCUUGGUGGAAACCUUGUACAAGGAAUGAGUUCAACAAGUAUCAAACCAUUGGUGCUCAUUUGUAUCAUCAUUGCAAGAUUUUUCUGUCUACCAGCUAUUGGAUUUUUUAUUGUGAAAACAGCUGCAAAUUUAGGGUUCCUCCCACUGGAUCCUUUGUUUCAAUAUGUGUUAGUAAUACAGUAUGCCUUACCACCAGCAAUGAAUAUUAGUACGAUGGCUCAGCUGUUUGAAGUAGGCACAGAAGAGUUUUCAGUUAUACUAUUGUGGACAUAUGGGGCUUCAGCUAUAGCACUCACUCUUUGGUCAACAUUCCUCCUAUGGUCAUUAUCUUAAUAAGAUUGUUUUAUCUUCUCAAACAAAUGUACAGAACCAUGAAAACUAAACCUUGGUUUAUAUAUCUUAGACUUAGGGAGCAGUUUUAGCAUAUCAACCUAUUAUUAAUGUUUAGUUUAACUAGAUUAUGAGAAGAUAUGUA